AAUGGCCUGGCCAGAUGCGGCAGGUCUGGUGCUGCCGACUGGCGGAGGAGGGCGAGGAGGCGGCGGCGGCGGCGGCGGAGGGCGAGGGGGGCUCGGCGCUUCAGUGCAGCAGCAGCAGCAGCAGCGGCAGUACCCGCAGCAUCCGCAUCCGCAGCAUCAGCCUCCCCUGGCUCCGCCGCAGCAACAGCUAGAGGAGGAAGGGAGGGGGCGAGGGAGGAGGAGGAGGAGGAGGUGGAGGCGGCGCCAGGCCUGCAUCUCCUCCUGCUGCUGCUGCCGGGAGCGCCGGGGCCGGUGGGCGCCUUGGCGGCGGGCGGAGCGGGGCCCGGGGAUCUCGGCAUGAGGCGCCUGCCCUCCAUGCUGCUCCUCCUCCUCGGCGCUUCCCUCGCCUGCUACUCGCCCAGCCCGCGCGCCUUGCAGGACCAGGCGUACUCGGCCGCCGUGGUGCUGGAGGGCAAGGUCCAGGCGCUGCCCCCGCCGCCCCCGCCGCCCCCGCCCGUCCUCGGAGGGCCCACCGCCCUGCCCGCCAGCCCCGGCCCCGCCACCCUCGCCCCCGCCAACGGGAGCCGCGACUGGGAGGCCACCUCCUCCGCUUCCUCCGCUCCCUCCACUUCCUCCUCCUCCUCGGCUUCGCCGGGCAUCCUGGUGAAGGUGCUGGACCUGUGGCCCCUCAACAGCGGCGGCCUGCAGCGCGAGCAGCUCAUCCGCGUGGGCUCCACGCCGGCGCCCUGCUUCCGCGUCAAGCGCAACCACCGCUACAUCUUCUUCCUGGAGCCCACCGAGCAGCCGCUCGUCUUCACCACCUCCUUCGCGCCGCUCGACACCAGCGGCAAGAACCUCAAGAAGGACGUCGGGCGCAUCCUCUGCGCCGACUGCGCUGUCCCUCCAAAACUCAAGAAACUGAGGAACCUAAAUGCAGAAUUGGGGGCAAAGAUUUCUUUGAAAUGUGAGGCCAGCGCAGGAAAUCCCCAGCCAUCCUACAAGUGGUUCAAAGAUGGUAAAGAACUGAAAAAGAGCAAAGAUAUCAGAAUAAAAUAUGGAAAUGGAAAAAAAAAUUCUAGACUACAGAUCAAUAAAGUGAAAGUGGAAGAUGGAGGGGAAUACAGUUGUGAAGCAGAGAAUGUUUUGGGCACGGACACCGUCAGAGGCACUCUCAGUGUGAGAACUGUAUCCACAACACUGUCCUCUGGGCCUGGACAUACUAGACAGUGCAAUGAAACAGUGAAAUCCUACUGCGUCAACGGUGGAGUUUGCUACUACGUUGAAGGCAUCAACCAGCUGUCUUGCAGGUGUCCGAAUGAAUUCACAGGGGACCAGUGUCAGAACUCCGCAAUGGCCAGCUUCUCCAAGCAUCUUGGAUUAGAAUUAAAGGAAGCUGAGGAGCUGUAUCAGAAGAGAGUGCUAACCAUAACCGGGAUUUGUGUUGCAUUGCUUGUGGUGGGGAUAGUGUGUGUGGUAGCUUAUUGUAAAACCAAAAAACAGAGAAAUCAAAUGCAUAAUCAUAUGCGGCAAAAUAUGUGUCCAGCCCAUCAGAACAGGAAUCUUGCAAAUGGUCCUAGCCAUCCUCGGCUGGACCCUGAGGAAAUUCAGAUGGCUGAUUAUAUGUCUAAAAAUGUUCCUGCUACUGAGCAUGUCAUUCGAAGAGAAACAGAGACCACCUUUUCAGGGAGCCAUUCCUGCUCACCAUCACACCCCUGCUCAACAGGGACUCCAACCUCAAGCCAAAGACAUGAAAGCCACACUUGGAGUUUGGAACGGACAGAGAGCAUGACUUCGGAUUGCCAAUCUGGGAUUAUGUUAUCUUCAGUGGGCACCAGCAAGUGCAACAGUCCUGCCUGCGUGGAAGCUCGGGAAGCUCGGGCUCGGCGAGAAGCAGCUUACUCCCUUGAAGAGCAAAGGAAGUCAACGAUGCAAUACAGAGACUCUGUGGAUUCCCUUCGAGACUCGCCGCAUAGUGAGAGGUACGUGUCUGCCUUGACCACCCCAGCACGCCUGUCGCCUGUUGAUUUUCACUACUCCGCCUCUACCCACAUGCCUACUUUCGAGAUCACCUCCCCCAACUCUGCUCAUGCCGUCUCCCUGCCGCCCGCAGCAUCCAUUAGCUUCCAAGUGGAGGAGCAGCAGCCAUUGCUCCGAAGGUACCAGGUCCCUUUUCAAGAUAUACAGAGAUACGACGGUUACUACCAAAGAAGGAGCUACCUGAAUGAGAGCACGGGGAGCUUGCCCUCCAGUCCCUUUCGCAUCACAGAAGAUGACGAGUAUGAAACCACGCACGAGUACAUCACUGCGCUAGAACAGCCAAAGAGAACAGGCAACAACAGCAGGAGGUGGAGGAAGUCCAAACUGAAUGGGCACCUGUCCCACAGGGGCAAAAUGCUUAGAGAUUCCUUUUCAGUGAGCAGCGCCUCAUACAGCGAGUCUGAUGAGGAGCUGGUGGCUGAGAGCACCCCCUUCUUAAGUAUGCGGAACGCUGAGGCGAUGGACCCAGACUCGCCCCCUCUGUACCGACUGGCUGACAGCAGGACUUACUAUUCCUUUGACAGAUGCAGCACACAGGGAGACCGCGGGCUCACACGGACCAGGUCCAACCAAGAUUCAGCACCACCUUAGAUGCCACCUUCCUCAUGCCCACUCCCAUGAGCACCCCAGGACUGAGGAGGGGGGGAGGGGGAUACAAUAACAGAAGAGACAAAUUUUUAUUUUAUAUAAAAAAACGGGAAAAAAUAUAACAAAAGAAAUGUUUUAUUUUCAUUUUAGCAAUGACGUCUUAUAAUAGCUAAUGGCAAAGACCUUUUUAUAAGGAAUCUAUUUAUAUGUAACAUCUUGAUUUACAGCUUCUGAGAAAAGAAGAAAUCAACAAAAAAUAAUAAAAAAAUGAAAAAAAAAGAGAUGGGCCAAUUUUUGACUACUUACAAAUCAUUGAGAAAUAUCGUGGUGCCUUUUGCUGUAUGCUAAUGCCAGAAUCCACACAGAAGAUUAUGUUUGAAGCAUUCUUGAGAUCAUAGGCUUUACGUUCCGAACAACUUGUUACGGAAUAGUUUAAUGGGCACUUUUCCAUUUGAGCAACUCUCUUUUCAAUUGCUUGAUAUCUGGAUGUUGGUAAUCUCGUCCUUUUAAGGUAUUUAGGCUCACUGCCCACACCUUUAAUUUCUCUCUCUCUUUCUUCCCCUCCCUCCCCUCCAAACACAUAUACGAGACAUAUGUCUUAAUAUUUCCGAUAGUACUUUUCCUUUUCAGGAAAAAAGCAAAUUUGUACUGGUAAGUAAAACUUAAGUCAUAAACAAAAUAAGUAGAAAGAGAUUCAUUUUUUAAAAAGUAACAUCCCUUACAAAUUAUAUUAUUAUUAUUAUUAUUAUUAUCAUUAUCAUUAUUAUUAUUAUUAUUAGAAACACAACAAGAUGAGUCCACAGCAGACAAGAUCACUCUGCUGGCUAUUGU